AUGGCCGUCCUCAAUAAGGAAACUGAGGUUACCCUCCUCACCAUGUUUGAGGGACCAUACGCCUUGGCAAUUUCCUGCAUUUUCAAUACAUUAUUCACCAAGGAGGCAUUAAGGGACCUUGGGGAGAUGGAAACCGCCUGGCAGAAUCUAGACGUCAGUAUUCGCUUGAAGCUUGAACAAAACAACGACACAGCAAUGGACUGGGUGCCUGAUAAGGCUGUUCCACUCCUCCAAGCCCUCUUUCCCAGGGACAUUCCCAUAUCCGAUUGCGUGGGCGGCAGCAAGCCCGAUGCUUAG